CAUUUCCCAAAAGAAUCUUUCUUUCUUCUCCAUAUAAGAGUUACAAAGCAAAUCCCUUCUCCAUACAUGAGGUCGAAAGCAAGCAAGGCUACUUUAGCCAACAUCCUAUUACCAUACAUCCAUGCUUGUAGGAAAUCCUAGCUUAGGGUUGUCAUUGCUUCGUAGAUAUAUAGAAAUACUCGCUAUCAACUUAUCGACUUGUCUGGUCGAAGAUGGAGCCACCAGAAAGAGCAGAUUCAAUAGAAGUUGAUGGAGAAAAAUGGGUUUGUGAUUCUUCUGUGGAUCAUAAAGGAAGAGUUCCUCUAAGAGCUCACACUGGUGUUUGGAAAGCUUCUCUCUUUAUCAUCGCCAUUGAAUUCAGUGAGAGAUUGAGUUACUUUGGAAUAGCAACCAGCUUAAUCAUCUACCUCACAAAAGUGAUUCAUCAAGACCUCAAGACUGCAGCUAAGAGUGUAAACUAUUGGUCUGGAGUCACUACUUUAAUGCCUCUCUUUGGAGGAUUUGUCGCUGAUGCUUACUUGGGCAGAUUCUCUACUGUUCUAUUUUCAUCUCUCAUCUAUCUUCUGGGUCUAACUCUUCUAACAAUGUCCCAGUUUCUUCCAUGCUUAAAGGCUUGUGAAGAAGCUAUAUGCCACAAGGCCAGGAAGGUUCAUGAAAUCGUCUUCUUCCUUGCCAUUUACUUAAUCUCCAUAGGAACAGGAGGACAUAAGGCCUCCUUGGAGAGCUUCGGAGCUGAUCAAUUCGAUGAUGAUCACUGUGAAGAAAGAAAGAAAAAGAUGUCAUAUUUUAACUGGUGGAAUUUUGGCCUUUGUUUUGGAGUCAUCCUUGGUGUGACUCUUAUAGUUUAUGUACAAGACCAUAUGAGCUGGGGUGCUGCAGAUAUUAUUCUGAUAAUAGUUAUGGCUCUAUCACUAGUUAUCUUCACUAUUGGAAGGCCAUUUUAUCGAUAUCGGGCACCGUCAGGCAGCCCCUUAAAGCCAAUGUUGCAGGUUCUUGUAGCUGCCGUUAGAAAAAGAAAUCUGCCACAUCCUCCCAAUCCUGCUGAAUUAUAUCAAGUCUCCAAGGUGGACCAUGGGAGACUUCUCUGCCAUACCGAGAAGCUCAAUAAAUCAGGUACCCCAUUGAGUUGCAGGUUUCUUGAUAAAGCGGCUAUUCUGGAAGGCACAGAGAAUUUUGCUGAGAAGCAAAGUCCUUGGAGGCUUGCUACUGUAACUAAUGUUGAGGAGAUGAAGCUUAUUAUCAACAUGAUCCCAGUAUGGCUAGCCACCUUGCCGUUUGGGAUUUGCGUAGCACAGUGCUCCACAUUCUUCAUCAAGCAAGCCACCACGUUGAACCGAAAGAUUGGAAAUGAUUUUGAGAUUCCUGCAGCCUCCAUUUUCUCACUUGCUGCCAUUGGAAUGAUAAUCUCCGUCACAACGUAUGAGAAGAUCCUAGUGCCAACACUAAGAAGAAAAACUGGAAAUGAGCGAGGAAUCAAAAUCCUCCAAAGAAUCGGUACUGGAAUGGUGUUCUCAAUUGCCACAAUGGUUGUUGCAGCCUUGGUUGAAAAAAAGAGGCUAAGUGUUGCUGAGAAGGAUCCACUGAAGGGGUCACGUCUUUCAAUGAGUGUGUUCUGGUUGGCUCCACAAUAUCUCAUCAUAGGCAUUGGAGAUGGAUUUACGUUAGUGGGGUUGCAAGAGUACUUCUAUGACCAAGUUCCUGAUUCAAUGAGGAGUUUAGGCAUUGCCUUCUAUCUUAGUGUGAUUGGAGCUGCGAACUUCCUUAGUAGUCUCCUGAUAACAGUCGUGGAUCAUGUCACAGAGAAAUAUGGGAACGGUUGGUUUGGGAAGGACUUGAACAGUAGCCGCUUAGCAAACUUUUACUGGCUUUUAGCAGCCAUCACUGCAGCUAACUUGUUCGUCUUUGUGUUCUUGGCUCGGAGAUAUUCGUACAAAAAUGUGCAGAGGAAUGUGGCUGUGGCUGCUUGCCCACCAGCUAAUAAUAAUAAUAAUAAUCAGGGUGAUUUAGUGCUAGAAAUUGAAGUUAAGAGAUGAUCUUAUUACUUGUAAUGAUAGAACAAUGUCAUGAUAAAAUUUUUGUAAUAGUAGCAUGGAUCUGUACAAGAGAAGAUCUUCCUUC